AUGGCCCCAAUCCCCAUCACCAUCGUGACGGGCUUCCUCGGCUCCGGCAAAACAACCAUCCUCCUAAACCUCAUCCCCCAACUCCCAAAAACCUACAAACUCGCCCUCCUCAAAAACGAAUUCGGCGACGUAGCCGUCGACUCCCAACUCGCCUCCACCCAAUCCAUCAGCGGCGUCCGCGAACUCCUAAACGGCUGCAUCUGCUGCAAUCUCGUCGGCCAACUCAGCGAUGCCCUCGAACAGCUCCGCUCCGAAGUGAGCCCCGACCGCAUCGUCAUCGAAACAAGCGGCAGCGCAUUCCCCGCAACUCUCGCGAUGGAAGUGAAUCGGCUGGCGCGGGAAGGAGGACACUUCGUGCUCGACGGCGUAAUCAGUGUUAUCGAUGUUGAAAACUGGGAAGGGUAUGAGGAUACCUCGUAUACGGCGAAGAUUCAGGCAAAGUACACUGAUUUGAUCGUGUUUAAUAAGUGGGAGGAUUUGCCUGAGAAGUUUGAUAUUGCGCUUGAUCGUGUUGGAGAUUUGGAGGUUGAGACGCCUUGGGUGAAGUCGAAUAAGGGUCGUGUGGAUGUGGAUGUGUUGCUUGGGAUUGAUGGGGCUUUGUUUAAGGAUGAUGAGGUUGAGAAGGGACAUGACCAUGACCAUGACCAUAAGCAUAAGCAUGAUCAUCAGUCUGAGGUUGAGGUCUUGUCUGUUGUGCUGAAGUCUGAUUCUGGGGUGACUGAUGUCGCUGCGCUUGAGAAGUUCCUUUCUGCUGCGCCCAGAGAAGAGGUUUAUCGGAUUAAGGGCAUUGUGAGGUGUGAGAACUCGAAUCUUCCGGUUGAGACAUCGGAUGAUAUGCAGAAGAGAGAGAAGAUUCAUACGCCGGGGACUCAGCAUUACAUUUUGAAUUGGGCUUUUGGACGCUGGACGUGCACACCCUCCGCUGUGGUUGCUGAGUCUGCGGAUCCAGGUGUUGCGGCUCGCGUUACAUUGAUUCUUGCGCGGUAUGAGUCCACAAAGUGGAAGAAGAAGCUCGAAGCAGGUGGCCUGGUUCAGACGAGCGAGGGCGAGGGAGAGCUCAGUGUGGAGCGAUUGGUCUAG